ACUUGCUUAAUCGACUUAAGUAUCCCUAACUUCAUCGGACACGCAAAAAUUUUCUUGCGAGCAUUUCUGUUUUGUGUACAAAUUUAUUCAUAGAUUCCCAAAAUGAAGGUUAUCUACAACACAUUGUUCAAAAGGACCUCCACCUUUGCCGUGGUUUGCAUCGGUUCAGCUUUCUUCUUUGAACGUGCUCUGGAUGUCGCUUCCGAAAGCUUCUUCGAGUCUGUCAAUAAAGGCAAAUUGUGGAAGGACAUCAAACACAAGUACGAAUAAGUUUGUAGCAGAAUUGUUAAGCACUAAGAAUAUUUGUAAAACCAAAACAAAAUGAAUAAAUUUUAAACAAUUUAUCGAAACAACAAA